AUGAGAGAGUCAACAGAAGCCUGCAGCAUUGGUGGCUAUGAGAUUCCAGCAAAAACCAGAUUGUUUGUCAAUGUGUGGGCUAUCAACAGAGACCCCAACCACUGGGAGAAGCCAUUGGAGUUCAAGCCGGAGAGGUUUGUGAUUGAAGAGGGAAGCGGGAAGAGCCAGUUGGAUGUGAGGGGGCAGCAUUUUCAUCUGUUGCCAUUUGGUAGUGGAAGAAGAGGGUGCCCUGGAACCUCACUUGCAUUGCAGGUUGUGCAGACAACACUUGCAGGUAUGAUCCAGUGCUUUGAGUGGAAAGUUGAAGGAGGGAGCAAUAAUGUUGACAUGGAAGAGGCAGCUGCAUUAACACUACCAAGGGCUCAUCCUUUGGUUUGUGUUCCCGUGGCUAGGCUCAAUCCCUUCCCAUCUUCUUGA